AUGGACUAUUGUGCUCAGCUCAAUAUACAGAGAGGCAUAGAGCGACGUAAACCUCAAGAGAUUCUCAGCAUUCAACAAGAAUUCAAUGACAAGCAGUUUAACUUCAACAAAAUCAAUCCAGAGGAAAUUAUAUGCGAGAUGACAAAGUGUGUAAACUCAAGGGAUGUUCUCAAUGCUCCUACUAGCAAAAUGACAGUGCUAGUUAAUGUUAGCCCUCUAGAGUUUGGCCACUGUCUAUUUGUUCCUGAUCCAUUACAAUGCUAUCCUCAAGUCCUCACAAAGUUUGCCAUUGCAGUUGGUAUAGAAAGUGUUUUCCUCAGUUCUGAUCCAGGAUUUCGAGUUGGUUUUAACAGUCUUGGAGCAUUUGCUUCUGUCAACCACCUCCACCUGCACGGGUAUUACCUUGACCACGAACUAGCCCUAGAAUCCAUUGCUGUAGAGCCGCUAGUCCCUGAAAAAGACUUCCAUCGCCUUAUUAACUACCAUGUCGGUUUUGUCUUUUACACUGAAGCAAAGUCUGUAGACAAAGUGGCGGAAAACAUAUGCAGAGUAACAGACUUUCUUGUAAAGCAAAAUAUCGCCCAUAAUUUGUUUCUCAGUAGAGGAUGUCCACCUCAUGUCCACAAACCCAGGGAAAUGGAAAACAGUUCGAGGAAAGGUGUUCGCAUUUUUGUGUGGCCUAGAAAAUUCUGCUUCGGUGCAAAGGAGGAGUCAGCGCUCAAUGUUGCUCUGUGUGAACUGGCGGGACAUUUGCCGUUCAAAAACAAGACGGACUUUGAGAAGGCAACAGAAGAAGGCGUUACAGAAAUUAUCAACAAAUAUCUUCUUCCUAAAGAUGAGUUUUUCAAUUUGGAGCGGCAGCUUAUACAGCAUUUGGGCAAGUCAUAA